AUGGAGAAGCUGAACACUGAAGAUGGACAACUCUUCAUCAAAAACUUGGCCAGCUUCGUUCGAACCCACGAAAAAGCCCUCGCAAACGCUUUGCAACUUCGGCGACAAUCCAAUGCCGGAACCCCACAGUCACCCACGGGUUCAACCUCCAACGCGGCGGGUGCUUUCUCAUCCACCUCGUUAGCCUCGGCUUUAUCCUUCGGAGCCUUGAAGUUUGCAUCCCAAAAUAUCAAACCCGCGAAGCUGACUCUCACCCCUCAUCACCUCUUCUACCUCCUCUCGCGCUUCGAGGAUUUAUCCAUUGCCGUGGGGCCUAUGAAUGUCCGGCUGGAGAAUAUCCACACCGAAGUGUCGCAGUCAUAUGUCUCUUUCCUGAGUAAACCACAACGGUCCAAGGGAGGCGAUGGAGCCUCCAUUCACUCCGUUUCUAGCGUGCGUAGCGUGAUGUCCGGUAUGAGUGGACUCUGGUCCUCCUUUGGUCUUGGAUCGAAGGACUCUGCUUCUAAGACCGAACGGGCCAAACUGGCCUUGGAAGCAGAUCUAAAAUAUCUUUAUUCUGCGUUCACCAAAAUCCCCUGUCUGCGGCUGGCACCAGACCACCGAGCCUGCUUGAUCCGGGGCUAUGAAGAAUUUCCAUUCGAUACGGCUGUGCCGCUUCAUUCUUUCAAAAAUUUGAGUGCUUUAGAGAUCAUUGAUAUAGACUACCGUUCUUUCUAUGGUUGGGACCGGUUGUCGGAGCAGCUUCGAACUUUGUCCAUCAAGCGGGCUCAUCUGGAUGACCCAAUGGAUCUGCUGACGAGAAUCGUGUUGGAUGACAUGGAUAAGCGCCGCCGACGCUCCACCAAGACUCAGUCCCCUCCUCUUGGCUGGAAUAACAGCUCCAGUACCCAGCCCGUCCACGCCCCCGAUCAUACUUCCAUCUCCGCACCCGGUUCCCCCAUUGCGAAUACGGCACUCGCCAGCAGCACCAGCCCCAAAUCCACCCCGAUGAUGCGGGCUGGAUCCGAAGGCGCAAAAGUUCGACGAGCCAGGGCUGAGAGCAUCUCGCCGCAGCGCCCUACAACCAAACACGGCCACCGUCGCGGACAAUCUGCACGAAUUCGUCGUACCGGCUCGGGCAGUUCGAACUCAAGUGAUACAUCGGGUGGUUAUCGGACUGGAAGCUCUUCUACCCUGUUGCCUGGUGUCCUACCACCAAGCAAAUGGCGAUUUCUGCGUCACCUCGGCCUUCCUGACAACUCGUUGACUUCAAUAUCCGCGGCUAGCCUCGCGCCCGUGGCCAACACUCUCAACUCUUUGGACCUAUCCUCGAAUCUUCUGUCCGAAAUCCCAGAUAGCUUGUCGACCUUGAUGGCUCUUCGUGCGCUCAAUCUGUCUCACUGCAUGAUCGAUUCGAUGCACUCGCUGUCGCGGAACCCUCUACCGGCUAUCACGGCUUUCAACCUUCGCGGCAACAGACUUCAAUCGCUGGCUGGAAUCGAACGACUUUUGUCGCUGGAGAGACUGGAUCUUCGUGAUAAUAACCUCAUGGAUCCUACUGAGAUGGCCCGGCUUACCUGUCUGCCUGAGAUACGGGAGAUUUGGGUAACCGGAAAUCCAUUUGUCAAGACCCAUUCGAAUUAUCGCGUUGUGAUCAUGAAUCUCUUCCGUCGCACCCCUGGCUAUUCCGAGGACAUCAUCAUUGAUGGCCGUGGCCCGGGAUACACUGAGCGAAAGCAAUUGGUUGACCGUGUCGCUGAGCCCGAAGCUGCCCCAGUCAUACGGUCCAGUGCUGCAGAUCAAUCAGUGGUGGUUUAUAAACCCGCCGCCACCGUUAUCCAGGCCAAGGCGUUACCUAAGCCUCCAGUUGAAGCCGACGAGUUACCUCCAGUUAAGCCUUUGGUACAACAAUCCGACACCGAGGGAACGGGGACAAACCGUCGCAAGAAGAUUCAACGACGUCGCAUCGUUGAUCUUUCGACAGAUAAUCCAUUCCUCGCAGAUGGCCUUGGUAACCCAGGUCCUACGGUGUCUCCAGCCCUCCCCACGCAACAAAUCCAUGCGCCGAUUCAGCCGCCUUUCGUACUUCCAUUUGACCAAUGGAAGCAAGACAGCGCCACCCAAUCAGGGUCUUCUAGCAUUCAGAGCCCUGCAAAGCAUGCUGCUCCUUCCGCCAGUCCUCCUCUGUUGCAACCUACUGCUGCACAACCUACUCCCACUAAAGAUUGGGUACUGGAUCAAGAGCUCUGUCGCCAACAAUUGGAGGCUCUCCGGGGGGACGUAAGUCAUAAUUGGCUUACCACUGUACUAGGAGAACACCCUUGGGAUAGUACUCAAAAAGAGCUUGCUGCUCAUUUGGCUGGACCUAGCAUGGACCACUCCCCGCUUUCAACUCCAGCUAUCCAGACUAAUAGCCAUGCUAUAUUAACUGCUGGCCAUACCUUGGGUGGAUAG